CUCCUCGAUUGUAUAAAAUGUGGCUGAGAUAUUCUCUGAGGACAGAAGCAGUUAAAGAAACCGAAGUUGUCAACUCAGCAUCUUAAAUCUGAAGACCAUGGGCGUCAAAGUAACAUGUGUUCUUGCAUUAGUCCUGUGCUUCUGCGCAUUUGUUUAUUCAACUCCCGUGGUGAAAAAGUGUGAGAAGAUGGACACUGGCGACAUGGUGGAGGAGGACUGUGAAGAUGGGACAGGGGUGUCCUCGGUGCCAGGGGAGACGGACAACGUCUUCGUCGGCGUUGAUCUAAAGGGCCGUCGUGUGUUCAAGAUGGGCGGAAACGACACCUGCUUCAUUGACUCCGAUCCUGCUUCCCUACCAGACUAUGUCGAAGAUGCUACACUAGAACAAUCAAAGACGGCGGUGGAGGUGACUGAUCAAGCAGUGUUGGACAGUGUCAAGCAAUGGUGCACAGGCGAGGUCUACCUUCUGGUGGAAGAUAGCAGUGAUGUUGUUGAAGGCCGACACAAGCGAGCCAUCUGCUACAGGCUGCGCUGCAGAUACUUCAUCUACCGUGGACGUCUGUAUCGCCACUGCAUCCUGACUCUGCGGAGAUGUUAGAACACGCGGACACGACAACGGAUUGCAUAUCCUCUGAAAAAACAUCGACAUAUUGAAAAUAUAUAAAAACAUUGAGUUACAGAGAAAUCCUGACAUGAGUUCGCUCUCUUGGUACAAGUUAUUUAAUUUACACACGAACAGCUGACCUUUUAUGAUUGAUCUUGGUAUAAGUCCAGUUGCAUCUGGAAAAGACUUGCCACCUGUCAAUUCCUCGUGAAUUGUUGAAUAAAGUUGUUGUUUUUCACAA